AUGAAAAAACGAGAGCAAGAUAUUAUAAAAAGUUUGAGAGAAACCGGGCAUAGUAAAGAUGGCAUGGAACAAAAUCGAACGGAUUUGGUAGGAGAUGAAGCACUAGAAUCGGUACAACAAAAGUCACGAAUAAAAAUCAUGAGUCCAGUAGAAUAUUUGGAAUAUCUGGCAACAAAGGAAGAAUUUUCACCUUCUGCCAUAGCGAGUGCCUCACAAUCAAUAACAACGGAGCCCUCUCUUGAUCCUUCCGCCACAACUUCAUACUCGUCGUCCGAACCCGAACUCAUAAAGAUGCCAAAACCACAAAAACAAUCGUUAUCAAAUGCUAGUCUUUCGCAAUCCACAACAUAUUCUUUACCAUUGUCACCUUUGGACGAGAUGAAAAACCAGUUUGCGGAUUUGCAAACUACGCCUUCAUCACAAUUCUCAUGGACGACCACCGAGAUGUCAGAUGCUCAUUCAUCCGUCUCUUCCCGUUUUCCACAGCAUCAGCAUCCUCAUCAACACGUUGAUAAUGAACGACGACAGCAGACGGACAAAACAAAAUCGCCAGCUCCCUACACUGGUGAGCCUGAAAUCUCAAAUGAUAUUGGUUCGAUAUCAAAUAAAGAUGACAUAUCAAUAAGCACUUCAAGUCCAAUAAUCCCUCCAGGGCUGUUAUUAAACAAAAAUCGGUCAAGGCAUUCGACACCAAAGUUGGAAUCUGUACCCAGUAUACAAGUUGGAUAUACUGCGCAAAUACAAAGGAGUGAUUCCCCACUCAGGCAAGAAUUUAUAGGCUCGGAAGUUGGUAGUCAAAGCAACAGUUCGAAUUAUGAGUUUCGCCUGGACUAUGAUAUUAUACCUGGUACUGGUGAAAGUAACGAGAAUAGCUCAAGUCAAUACUACACCUCAAAUUCUUCUAUCAAGCCUGCUGUUCUCACAUCAGCCUUCAGGCCUAUCGGUUCUAAUGACAACAGUGUCAAGUUAAAUUCUCAACAGAACGCAUAUAGUAUAUACAAUAGUGAGCAAUCAACCUCAACUACUAUUCAAAAAUUACCCCAAAAUUACCCGGGUAACCCUUUAACACCUUACACCUACAUCGAUAGACCUCAACAAUUUUUCCCACAACAACCUAAAAAUGAUUUGAUGUCGGUUGUGAGCGAUUCCGUGACACGAGAGUCCAUAUACCAGACCGAGUUUCGGCUGGCAUCCGGAGACCCUGAUGAUCCUUUAUUGAACAAUGGCAGUGAAGAGAAUGAUGGGGCCUAUGAGGUAACUCUAGGGAGUGUGAAUAACGAGGGAACAAACAGUAAUAAUGUGCAAAAGGAUCGUGAUAUUGGUAUCGUAAAAAUUGAUGUGGAAAAUGAGGAAGGUUAUGAGAACCUUGGGGAACAUAGCAUGGACAAUACGAGGGCGGUUAAAGGUAAACUUGAUCUGAAGAUAACAAAGGAAAUUACUUCGAGGGGAGUACAAAUACAAACACAUCAUAAUAUUGAUGUUGAGUCCAAACAAGAGGUCAUCGCUCAAGGAACCAAUGCAUCACAAACAGUUCAACAACAGGAUGAUGCGAUAUCUCCCGUCUCACUUUUCACAUCGAGCGUAUCGGGAAAACCUUUUAUCUCUUCCAAAGGUUCAUUAGAAAAUAAAGAAGAGAGAAAACCAAAACAAGGAACCUGGCUAUUCGCCGGAGUUAUCGGUGUUGCUAUAAUAAUACUUAUCUUGUUUUUGAUCUCGAUAUUUUCAAGUAAUUCCGGACCUUUCAACUUUAUUUCGGGUAAAGAUAUAAUUACCAUUAGGCCACCAUCAUCGACUGCUAGUCUCCCUCAUUUAGAUUGA